AUGUGUUUAUUGAGAAGAAUAGUUAAAAUAAAAGUGCAAAAUGUGUACAAUUUAGCAAGGACACUGAGUACUUUACCCGAAAUAAGAAUUUAUGAAGUAGGACCAAGAGAUGGUUUGCAAAAUGAAUCUAAAUUUGUUCCAACAAACAUAAAGAUCGAGCUAAUUCAUAAACUUGCUGCAGCUGGAAUCAGAAACAUCGAAUCUGCAAGUUUUGUUAGUCCAAAAUGGGUAAAGCAAAUGAGUGAUGGCAUGGAAGUUAUGAACAAUAUUAUAAGGACCCCGGGAGUCAACUAUCCUGUUCUUAUACCAAAUUUGAAGGGCUAUGAAACAGCUAUUAAAUGCAAUAUUGAAGAAAUUGCUAUAUUUCCUGCUGGCUCUGAAGGGUUUUCUCAGAAAAAUUUAAACUGUUCUGUUGAAGAAGGCUUAAAAAGAUUCAAAGAAGUAGCAGUUCAAGCUUUAAAGGAUGGCUUAAGAGUAAGGGGUUAUAUAUCUUGUGUGGUAGGAUGUCCAUAUGAUGGCCCUGUCAACCCUAAAUCCAUUGCCAAGAUAACUGAAGAGCUGCUUGAAAUAGGUUGCUAUGAAGUUUCUCUUGGUGAUACAAUAGGAGUUGGCACUGCAGGAUCAGUGCAACGACUUCUUCGUGAAGUGCUAAUGGUUGCCAAACCAGAAAAUCUAGCAUUGCAUUUCCAUGAUACAUAUGGACAGGGUCUGUCAAAUUUGCUUGCAGGUUUAGAGUUUGGUAUCAAGACCGUGGAUUCGUCUAUAUCUGGUCUCGGUGGAUGUCCAUAUGCACGUGGCGCAACUGGAAACCUAGCUACAGAAGAUCUAGUGUACUUUUUAUAUGGCCUAGGAGUCAAUACAAAUAUUGAUCUAGUCAAAUUAAUCGAAGCAGGACAUAUUUUUGAUCCCUAUAAGAUUGCAAAAAUGAAUGCAGUUAUUAAAACGGAAAAGUUAAAUAUUGGUGGCAGUUAUCCGUGUUUUGUAAUAGCUGAAAUUGGACAGAAUCAUCAAGGCGAUAUCGAGAUCGCAAAAAAGCUUAUAAGAGCGGCUAAGGAAUCUGGCGCUGAUUGUGUAAAGUUCCAAAAAAGUUGUCUAAAAGAAAAAUUCACUAAAAAAUGCUUAGAUCGAUGUUAUGAUAACCGUAAUUCGUGGGGCAAAACGUAUGGAGAACAUAAGAGACAUUUAGAGUUUUCAGAAGCCCAAUAUGAAGCUUUAUUCAAGUAUGCAAAAGACAUUGACGUCCUUUUCACUGCCUCUGCUAUGGAUAUGAUUUCGUUUGAGUUUUUACUAAACUUGGGUGUUCCGUUCAUUAAAAUUGGCUCUGGUGAUUCGAACAAUCUUGUUUAUAUCAAGUAUGCUGCAUCCAAAGGGAUACCACUAGUAGUUUCGACAGGAAUGGUGGAUAAGUCUACUGUGAACCGUAUCUACGAUAUUAUAUCAGCUCAGCAUAAACAAUUUUGCUUGCUGCAUUGCGUGUCUGCGUACCCAACACCAUACGAAGACUGUAAUUUAAUGGUGCUGCAAGAUUACGGUAACAGUUUUGAUGUGUGUGUGGGCUACUCUGGUCAUGAACUCGGUACAGCUGUGGCUGUAGCUGCUGUCGCUUUAGGAGCAAAGGUAAUAGAAAAGCACAUAACUUUAGACAAAACCAUGAAAGGCACUGAUCAUCAGUGUUCACUGACGCCGGACGAACUCAAGCAGCUAGUGAGAGAUGUGCGUAUUGUGGAGGCAUCACUGGGAUCAUCUAUUCAAAUGGUUCUUCCAUCCCCUGUGAAGAUGGUUGAAGUGAAGAUAACCGAAGAUAUUAAAGUUGGUGGCAGCAAUCCCUGUUUUAUCAUAGCUGAAGUCGGGCAGAACCAUCAAGGUGACAUUGAAAUUGCGAAAAAGUUGAUAAAAGCAGCCAAGGAUUCGGGUGCUAGCUGCGUGAAAUUUCAAAAAACUUGUUUGAAAGAGAAAUUUACAAAAAAGUAUUUAGAGAGACCUUAUGACAAUCCCAAUUCGUGGGGCAAAACAUACGGUGAUCACAAAAAACAUUUAGAAUUUACAGAAGCCCAAUAUAGAGAACUGUUCAAAUAUGCACAAGAGGUCGGUAUUCUGUUUACCGCCUCCGCCAUGGAUAUGGUGUCUUUUGACUUUCUUGUCAACAUCAAAGUGCCGUUUAUAAAAAUUGGUUCCGGCGACUCGAACAACCUGCUGUUUUUGAAAUAUGCCGCGUCGAAAAAAGUUCCGUUGAUCAUAUCGACUGGAAUGGUGGACAAGAAUGCUGUAAAAACUAUAUACGACAUAAUAUCUGCUCAACACAAACAGUUCUGUCUAUUGCAUUGCAUCUCAGCGUACCCUGUGCCGUUUGAAGAUUGCAAUUUGGCAGUUCUACAAGACUACAUGAAAUCUUUCGACGUUCCUGUGGGAUAUUCCGGACAAGAAGUCGGUACGGCUGUUGCCUUAGGCGCCGUUGCAUUGGGAGCGAAGAUAUUGGAGAAGCAUAUAACAUUGGACAAGAGCAUGAAAGGUACCGAUCACGUGUGUUCGUUGACGCCAUCCGAGUUCCAACAGCUCGUACGAGAUGUAAGGGUGAUAGAAGCAGCGCUUGGAACGCCUAUAAAAAAAGUUGUCACAUCAGAAAUACCAUGCAUUGAUAAACUUCAGAAGUCGCUAGUGAUGGGAAGUACAAAGAACAAAGGCGAAAUAUUGUAUCCGGGAGAUGUAAAAAUUAAAGUUGCCGAACCAAAAGGCCUGAAUGCGCUGCAUUUUGACGAGGUCAUUUACAAGACUCUUGUGUAUGAUAAGAAAGAAGACGAGCCUCUUUACGAAGGAGAUUUCUGUUAA